CCCCCUUUAACAUUUUAUUUCAUGCCAAACAUACCACUAUACUUUCUUUUCUCUCCCUUUCCCUUUACCUCCCUAACCCUAUGCGCCGCCCUUCGAUCUCUCUCUCUCACACCAUCAAAUAUGGCAAACUUUUAGAGGACCCAGACCUCCACCAGCUUUUAUACGUCCGUUUACAUGCAACAAUUACUGUGUUCGGCCUUUUUUACAACCAUCUCAUCCCAAACACGGUAUCAUUGAGGAGCAGGUUCGUGAUACACCUACGACUUAAGAGAACUUGCUGCUUUCGAGACUAUUCGUUGUUUCGGAAGAUAGGCCGCUUGUUUCGUCGAUUUAAUACCUUGGUCAAGUGCAGAAGCUAGGAAGAAAAAGAUUUUGGAGGAAACGGGAAUUGAGUUUGGAGAGGCGUAAGGAGCGAAUAAGGUACAGACGCCUGAUUUGCUGACCCGUCCGCUUAGGAUUUUACUCUGUUGUCUUAGAGUGCUCUCUUAUCCGGAGCCUACCUUUUGCCAUGCCUCCGAAAAAGGUGACAGCCGCCCAGAAGGGCAAGUCGGUAGCAGCAAGAGGGACUAGCCAGGCCCAGAGGAUUACCAGGGCCCGUGCCGAGAUUAUGCCCCAGUCAGAGGGCUCUUCUACACCGCCACCACCAGAGGGGAUUGGAGCAGCGGCGGCUGUAGACCAGGGGGCGGCUCCACCGCCAGCUCUCGGAGUUUCAGUACCCGAGCCUCUAGCUCCACAACCUGGGGCGGAGGAUAGGGCCAUGAGGGAUGCGGUCCAGUUGCUGACCAGAUUGGUGACGGGGCAGGUUCAGAGGCACGGAUUUGGGGGUGAUCGUGCAGACAGACAUGAUAGCUCGAGGGCCCGGGAGUUCUUGACUUGUAAUCCUCCAUAGUUCUCCGGGACGAAGCCUGAGGAGGAUCCACAGGAGUUCAUCAGAAAGAUGCAGCGUACGUUGCGGUUGAUUAAGGCUUCCGCGACCGAGUCCGUUGAGCUAGCUACAUAUCGGUUGUACGACGUAGCUGCUAAUUGGUAUGAGUCCUGGGAGUUGUCCAGGGGUGACGGCGCUCCCCCAGCAGAGUGGGAUGAGUUUACUGAGGCCUUCCUUGGCCACUUUCUACCUCCGGAGCUACGGCGAGCCAGGGCUGACAGAUUUUUACUACUGAGACAGAAUGGCAGGAGUGUCCGAGAUUAUAGCCUAGAGUUCGACUCAUUGGCCAGAUAUGCACCGGCUGUGGUAGCUACUAUGACUGACAAGAUGCACCGGUAUAUUAUGGGAUUGGACCGUUAUUUGGUCGAUAGUUGUCUGGUGAUGGCCGCUCAGCCCGGGAUAGAUAUUGCCCGUAUACAGGCACACGCCCAGGGUAUGGAGGACCGGCAUAAGGGGCAUCAGCCCGAUAGAGGUCAGGACCAGAGCCGGCCCAAGAGGGCCAGAUCAGCUGGGUAUUCUGGGGAGUUUCGGAGUAGACAGCCUCAGCAACAGCAGCAGUCUAGCAGACAUCCUUCCCAGCCGGCACAGAGCACACCUCCGCAGUUUUCAGGCAAGAGAUUUGACAGCCCAGGGUAUACAGGAGCAGGCCAGAGCUCCAAGGCUUCAGGUUCACGGGUAGACAGGAGUUCCGGUCAAACGAGGCCACCCAGGCCUCAGUGUUCUUAUUGCGGGAGGCACCAUACUGGAGAGUGCUAUCGUGCCACAGGUGCCUGUUUUUCUUGUGGCCAUCAAGGCCAUACUAUGAGAGAGUGUCCACAGAGGGGCGGUCCAAGUAGUACGGCUCAGCCUACUAGGUCAGCUGCUGGUUCUUCAUCUUCGUCCGUAGCUAUGCGCCCCACGGGGCAGGGUACACCAGCACCAGCAGGUCGCGGCAGAGGCCGUGGUGGAGUUUCCAAUUCUAGGGGUCCUUCGAACCGCAUAUAUGCUUUGGCCAGCCGCCAGGACCAGGAGGCGUCGCCAAAUGUCAUCACAGGUACAUUAUUGGUUUUCUCCCGAUCUGUAUAUGCAUUGAUUGAUCCAGGUUCUACGUUGUCAUAUAUUUCUCCUCUCAUCGCUAGUAAGAAUGGAAUAACUACCGAACCUAUAGAGCCAUUUGAAGUAGCUACUCCGGUAGGGGAUUUUAUUAUAGCGAGGCAAGUAUAUAGAGAAUGUACGGUAAUCAUAUGUGAUCGUUGCACUAAGGCGGAUUUGGUGGAGUUAGAUAUGAUCGAAUUUGAUGUUAUUAUGGGCAUGGAUUGGCUAGCUUUCUGUUAUGCUAAUGUUGAUUGUUAGAAAAAGGUGGUUCGCUUCCAAUUUCCUGGUGAACCAGUUAUAGAGUGGGCAGGUAAUACAGCAACGCCGAAAGGUAAGUUUAUUUCAUACCUUAAGGCGAGGAAGAUGAUCAGAAAGGGGUAUAUUUAUCAUCUAGUUCGGGUACAAGAUUUAAAAGCAGAAGCACCGACUCUUCAGUCAGUUCCGGUGGUUAAUGAAUUUCCAGAUGUAUUCCCAGAUGAGCUUCCAGGUCUUCCUCCGGAGCGAGAGAUAGAGUUUACUAUUGACUUGCUGCCAGAUACUCAGCCUAUAUCUAUUCCCCCGUACAGAAUGGCGCCUGCAGAAUUAAAAGAAUUAAAAGAGUAGCUGAAAGAUUUAUUAGAAAAAGGCUUCAUCAGACCCAGCACCUCGCCUUGGGGAGCCCCGGUAUUAUUUGUAAGAAAGAAAGACGGCUCGCUGCGUAUGUGUAUUGAUUAUCGGCAGCUAAAUAAGGUAACCAUAAAGAAUAAAUACCCUCCCCAGAAUUGAUGAUUUGUUUGAUCAGUUGCAGGGCGCUAAGUGUUUUUCGAAGAUAGAUCUGCGGUCAGGCUACCACCAGGUGCGGGUACGAGAGGCUGAUAUUCCUAAGAUAGCAUUCCGGACCCGAUAUGGGCAUUACGAAUUCAGAGUGAUGUCUUUUGGGUUGACUAAUGCUCCAGCGGUAUUCAUGAUCUGAUGAAUCGAGUAUUCAGACCGUUCCUGGAUAUGUUCGUGAUUGUAUUUAUUGAUGAUAUCCUGGUUUACUCACGGUCAGAGGAGGAACACGCAGAUCAUCUGAGGGCGGUACUUGGGGUCCUUUGGCAUCAGAAAUUAUAUGCAAAAUUCUCUAAGUGUGAAUUCUGGCUGACUACGGUGGCAUUUUUGGGACAUAUUAUUGCAGCUGAUGGCAUCCGGGUGGACACCCAGAAGAUUGAGGUCGUAAAGAAUUGGUCUAGACCUACAACGCCCACUGAGGUACGUAGUUUUCUGGGAUUAGCAGGCUAUUACAGGAGAUUUGUGGCAAAGUUUGCUUCGAUUUCAGCGCCGUUAAGACGGCUAACUCAGAAGGGAGCUAAGUUCCAGUGGACUGACGCUUGUGAACGAAGCUUCCAGUUGCUGAAGGAGAAGUUGACUACAGCUCCAGUUUUGACUCUUCCAGAGGGACCAGACGGGUAUGUUAUUUAUUGUGAUGCUUCCGGCGUUGGGUUAGGUUGUGUAUUAAUGCAGCACGGCAGAGUUGUAGCCUACGCUUCCCGGCAGCUGGUUUGAUGUUGGCGAAACUGAAUUAAUCGGCCCAGAUAUGAUCCAGCAGGCGGUUGAUAAGGUGAAACUCAUCCGAGAGCGGUUAUUAGCAUCCCAGAGUCGACAGAAAUCAUAUGCUGAUAAACGACGUCGACCUUUGGAGUUCCAGGUGGGUGAAUGGGUAUUUCUGAAGGUGUCGCCUAUGAAGGGCGUAAUGCGAUUCGGCAAAAAGGGAAAGCUCAGUCCGCGGUAUAUUGGGUCUUACCAGAUUGUUCGAAAGAUCGGUAAUGUCGCCUACGAGCUAGAUCUACCUCCUGAUCUGGAAACAGUACAUCCGGUAUUUCAUGUAUCCAUGCUCCGCAAAUGUGUUGGUGAUCCUUACAGAAUAUUUCCAGUAGAUGAUAUUCGGGUAACGGAGGAACUGUCUUACGAAGAGCAACCUAUAUCCAUCCUGGAUCGUCAGGUGAGAAGAUUGCGCAAUAAAGAUGUAGCUUCCGUUAAGGUACUGUGGCAGAAUAAUAACAGGGAAGAGAUGACCUGGGAGGCUGAAGAGGAGAUGAAGAAGAAAUACCCUCACCUGUUUCCCAUGCCAGCAGUUGUUUCGGAAGAUAGGCCGCUUGUUUCGUCGAUUUAAUACCUUGGUCAAGUGCAGAAGCUAGGAAGAAAAAGAUUUUGGAGGAAAUGGGAAUUGAGUUUGGAGAGGCGUAAGGAGCGAAUAAGCCACGCAGGUACAGACGCCCGAUUUGCUGACCCGUCCGCUUAGGAUUUUACUCUGUUGUCUUAGAGUGCUCUCUUGUCCGGAGCCUACCUUUUGGUAUAGACUUUUUCUAUUGUACAUACAUGUGUUAUUCAGGGGUAUGACGGGGCCCUGUCCCGUCUUAUGUUUCUGCUACUAUUCGUAGAGGUCUGUAGACAUACAUGUGGGUUGUGUAUAUGUUUUGGGUUGAUAUGUUUUGCGAUAGCCUUAUCGGCUUCCCCACGUUGUAUCUGUUUAUCCGUGGUAAUUAGUAACGUUAUUCGCCUUCUAUAUUUGUUUAUUCUGUUUAUAUGCUGGUCUGGGUU